UGUACCCGGUGUGUGGAAGUGUUCAGGUCUCUCACUCUGCGGGGUAACAAGCUGCCAUUAAAACCACAAAAGCCUUAAAAGUGCCAGACCAUGGGAGGUGCACAGAGUGUGGAGAUACCGGGCGGAGGCUCCGAGGGGUACCACGUCCUGCGGGUUCAGGAGAACUCGCCGGGACACCGAGCAGGACUGGAGCCGUUCUUUGAUUUCAUCGUCUCCAUCAACAACACCAGGCUGAACAAGGACAAUGACACCUUAAAAGACUUGUUGAAAGCCAGUGUUGAGAAACCAGUGAAGAUGCUGGUGUACUCCUCAAAGACCCUGGAGCUGCGGGAGUCUACCGUCACCCCCAGCAACCUGUGGGGGGGCCAGGGCCUGCUCGGGGUCUCCAUUCGCUUCUGCAGCUUCGAGGGAGCCAAUGAGAAUGUUUGGCAUGUGCUGGAAGUAGAGACCAAUUCCCCUGCAGCCCUCUCUGGCCUGCGGCCGCACACCGACUACAUCAUCGGAGCCGACACCGUUAUGAACGAGUCAGAGGACCUGUUCUCUCUGAUAGAAAGCCACGAGGGGAAAGGACUGAAGCUGUAUGUGUACAACACGGACACGGAUAACUGCAGAGAAGUGAUCAUCACACCCAACGGGGCCUGGGGAGGAGAGGGCAGUCUUGGAUGUGGGAUUGGCUACGGAUACCUCCACAGGAUUCCCACCAGGCCUUUUGAGGAGGGGAAGAAGAUCAGCUUCCCCGGAAGCUCCCCCAGUGAGCCCGUCAGUCCGCUGAAGGAUGGAUUCACUGAGGUCCAACUCUCAGCAGUGAGCCCUCCACCUGCUGCCCCCGCUGGCCUCGAAGAGUCCCUGUCGAGCCUGUCCAUCAGCACAGCCCCGCCCGCCAUGCCCAGGGAGCUGCAGACAGGUUUGCCUACGGUCCCUCUGCUCUCCUCCUCCACCGGCCACGCCCUCGGCCCUCUCACUCCACUGAAUCCCGCCGGCUUCAACCCCGCCACGAUACCAGGUGGCUUACCUCCGCUCCCUAACUUGCCCAACCUUAACCUGCCACUCCCAGACCUCAGUGCCAUGUCACUAGCAGGCAGCACCUUAACAUCAGGAGGAACAGUACCCUCUCUGGCAUCCCUCAACUUCCCCGGUCUGCCCCCCCUGCCUCUUCUACCCACCAUGCUGCCCUCCCAGCUGCCGCCUCUCCUCCCUCAGGGCGUGGUCCCCCUCCUGCCCCUCCUGCCCCUCCUGCCCCUCUCAGCCGCUGCCCCCACAGCCUCGGUCACGGUCACAGCGGCGCCGGCCACCGGGCCCGCCGUCGACCCCACGGUCCCGACGGAAGCUGCCUCCGCGGUCUCGCCGGCCCCGACGGAAACGACGCUAACGUCGUAAUAUGUCAAAGAAGGUUCCACUUGCCAUCAAACCAAAACACAUACCCGGUUACUCUCUCUCUCUCUCUCUCUCUCUCUCUCUCUCUCUCUCUCUGUCUCUGUCUGUCUGUGUUUUUCUAUUUAUUUGGCCAAGAGGGACAGGCAGACAGCUGCACCCGUUCAGACGCAGGUCGGCAUGUUUCAGGUAUGGGUAGGGAAGCUCGUUUGGAGCGAUGAAGGAUGAAUGGAUAUGGAGGACGGCUGUCGACUAAACCAACAUGUCUUUGUUACCAGAUGGCUCUGGAGCUAGUCCAAGACACUGUAUGAGGAGGACGAGGUCUACUCUCCGCUUGAUUUACGUCACACUUCUGCAGUUACAAGGAGUUUCCCCCCCCCCCCCCCCCUUUCAAAUCUGGCAAGCGCCUCUGUUCAGUUCAUGUAGAUGGGGCGGGAUGAUAAAUAGAGUUAAAAUCCCAACACGCAUCAUGAAUCUCUUUAUCAAUAAACUGAGACGAGCUCACAGGCCAGAGGUCAUUUACCUGGUCUCACUGGGAUAAAUCCAGACAAAGAUAUCAGAAGUGGGCCCACAGAAGAAAAGAAACAUUGUGCACUGCUGUAUUAAAAGAUAGAUAAACGUUAAUGUAAAAUAAAAAUUCAUCUUGUUACAUAUUUUUGAUCUUAUUGUCCAGCCCUAACAUGUAACCUUUUAUUAUUAGUUCAUAGGACCCCCGACCAAUAGAUACAUUUGAUUGACAUGUAUACAUGUUUUGUUCAAAGUGCUUUAUGACUGUCUACACCCAAUGAAUGAAUCUGUUAUUUUGCACCACCUUUUGUGUUUUGAAAAUUAUUAGUCUGUCCCUUUUUUUUUGUUUGUCUCCAUGGAUGCAGAAGUCCACCGUGUCCGUCUCUACCACACAGGGACGGUAGCCGCCUGAAGGCCGGGGCAGAGGGGUUACAGCAGCUACUGAGUCGAGUAUAUGUGCUCGCUGUUGGGUGAAACAUGGGUGCAGGGGUAUUAAUAUUUACACUUCUCCCCCUGUGGAUGGCUGAAGCGAAUUGGUAGGCAGUCGCAGUGACGCAGGACAACCACAAGGGGGUCACUGUAAAAUAACUUUCUGAUAACAUCCACACUGCAGUGCAAGCAAUAAAGCCAAAUUACUUUUA